AUGUGGUCAUCGGCAGCUGCCAGCAGGUUGAUCAGUACAACCUUAAUGUUUGUAACUGCAAUAGCAGCCGCCGCCGCCGUCACCGCUCCGGCCUCUCACUCUCAGGGCGACGCCCUGGAGGCGGUUCGUCACCAAAUCGGUUCAGCGAGGAAUUGGGUCGAGCAGGCGAAAACGGCAGCGCUUGCCGAAGUCGCGGGGGCUUUGGGAGACUGCGGCAAGCUGUACGGUGAAGCGGAGUGGAUGCUGGAGCCAUUGUUGGGCCGCGGCAACAUCAGCUACAGCCGGGAUGACGCCAUCACCUGGCUGAGCGCGGCGCUGGCGAACCACAGGAGUUGCGUCGACGGUCUGGCCGAGAGCGGUCUUACUAUUACUGCUCCGGAUUUGACGUCUUCCUUUGCCAAGGCCUUGGCUUCGUACGCAAACCCAUCUGCUGCUAGUACACCAAGCAAAGCGGUGAGCACCGGUGAUCAAAAUAGCAGCAUUUUCGAAAAUGGGGGAGUAUUGCUGACAUCAUGGACAGCUACAACUUCAAAGGCCGAUAUGGUAGUAGCUAAAGAUGGCUCCGGCACUCAUCGAUCCAUAGAGGAGGCCGUGGCGGCGGCGGCGGCGGCGAGAGCGGGAAGACACAAGCAUAGAUUGGUGAUAUACGUGAAAGCAGGAGUGUACGAGGAAAGAGUGGAAAUCCCUCGGCAUUUGAGGAAUCUAAUGAUGGUGGGUGAUGGCAUUGAUCGGACUAUCGUCACCGGCAGCCGAAAUGUUCCUGACGGCUCCACCACCUACAACUCCGCCACGUUCGGUGAGUAUGUAUUUUAA